AUGUCCCAGUGCUUGAUUUCAUUUCGACUUUCAAAAACUCGAAACACAAAUGAAGCGUUCAGAAGAGCCAAGAUACCGGCUUCUGAUCUCGGUUCGAAACUUUGUCAAAUGUGGUUUGGACGUGAAUGGGAAGGCAAAGAUGCGGCUUGGCUUGCUUCGACUCUACCGAUGCAAGCAUACUACAUGACUGUACGUCGUCUCAUCAUGGGAGCACCGCAUGGGAGCUACGUAUUUAAUCUACCUGUUAGAGGAUAUGAGGGGAGGCAAAUUGAGAUGUUUUGGAGUCUUUGCAGAGUUGAAUAUGACAAAUCCGAGGCGGCAGGUACCUACACUGGUACAUACCGAGAUAAGACACGUUUCUGA